AUGGAAGAUGCCACCGGCAAUAAGGAUGGAAGAGAUAUUGAGCUUUUGAAAAUUGAGGCUGAAGAGAUCUAUGAUAGCAUAAAAUAUGGUAGUGAAACCCAGAGAGUUACGAAGACUGCCAUUCACAUGCCAUCACAAAUUGUUGCUCCAAUAUUUAAUGAAGCUCUAGUAGGUCUCAAUGAUGAGGUAGAAAGCAUAAUUGAUAGACUUACAAGAGGAUCAAACCAGUUCGAUGUUGUUGCUAUUGUGGGUAUGGCUGGGCUUGGUAAGACAACUUUAGCCAAGAAUGUCUACAGUGAUCCUUCAAUAAAGUUUCACUUCCAUAUUUAUGCUUGGUGUACUGUUUCUCAAGUAUAUAGCAAGCACAAUUUGUUACUGCAGAUUUUGUGUGUUAUUGAUUCUAGGAGUAGUGACCAAUAUCAUAAGAUGAAUGAAGAUGAUUUGGAUGCAAAGCUGUACCAGCAAUUGAAAGGGAAGAGGUAUGUCAUCGUUUUGGAUGAUGUUUGGGACAUUGAGGGGUGGAAUUUGUUGAAACACUCAUUGCCAGACGAUUGCAAUGGAAGCAGGGUACUCUUAACCAGCAGAUUUCAUAACUUGUCUUUGGAAAUUAGACCUGAUAGCAAGCCUCUCCAUCUUCGCCCACUUACUAAUAAAGAGAGUUUGGAAUUGCUGCAGAAGAAGCUAUUUGCCAAAGAAGAUUGUCCUCCAACAUUAAGUGAAGUUGUACUGCACGUAGCAAAAUGCUGUAAGGGCUUACCUCUUGCAGUUGUCCUUGUUGCUGGAAUUCUUGCUACUACUCAGCAAGAUUGCUGGGAAGAAGUCACAAGACGUCUAAGUUCCACCAUUUUUGUGGAAAAUGAGCACUGUAUGAAGACACUUGAGUACAGUUACAAUUAUUUACCUGAUUAUUUGAAGCCAUGCCUUCUUUACUUGGGUGCAUUUCAAGAAGACCGAGACAUUUCUAUCCGAAAGUUGUCACGGCUUUGGAUCUCUGAAGGAUUCGUGCAAAAAAUUGAAGGAAAGAGUUUAGAGGAUGUGGCGGACAACUAUUUGAUGGAUCUGAUUGGGAGAAGUUUAGUUAUGCCUGCACAUAGAAGAUCUUUAGGUGGGAUCAAAGUUUGCCGAAUUCAUGAUUUGGUACAUGAGUUUUGUGUGACAAAAGCAAAAGAGAAAAAUUUUAUACGGAUUUUAAAUGUGGAUGACCUUGAUGCUUUUACUGGACCGUCAGCUGGACGGAAGCUCACUCAAAUUUCUAUUGUCUAA